GCGCGCAGCUCAGCUCUCCGAAUCAAAAUGGCGGCGCCGCAUGGCGCAAAACUGAAGGAUUUAAAGUGUAAUUUGACGGACUGUCCCGCAGCACAAGCGCACCAGGGCUCUCAGGUUGAAUUUAUGAAACGCGAUGUUCCCGUCUUCGAGCUGGAUGUCGGAAGGAUCUCCGAUGCGCUUCACGGAAGCCUGGAUCCGUCCAUUUUAUCCAUCUUUCAGGAGAAGACGCCGACGAACAGCAUGGAGAGCGAGGCGUCGCUGCUGUCCGCUCUGACCGAGAUGUUGGAUAGCGUGGACGUCGAGACGCUGUCGCCAUUCGACACGCUGCCAGACGCGGAGAUCUUCUCGGCUCAGAAGGGUUCGGAUCACACGCUCAGGAAUCUGCUUCAUUUGAGUCCGUCGUCUCCGGAUCGGCCCAAAAUCUCUCAAUCAGCAGCCGUAAAGAAGUCCGGAAGAGAGGUCGUGAUGUCCGACAGACAGUUAAGACCUCGUCGAUAUUUAGGGACGCAGAGCGAGAGCUCACAGCGAGGCGACGAUGAGAAGAAGAGCCGAUCUGUGAGAACCUUCCGGAUCGAAUCCGACCCGAUAUUCCCACAGGACUGCCGGGAUUUACUUGCCGAUUUAGUGAGACACAUGCAUCCGUACUGCGUCAGGACCGAGAAAGAGACGCGAGUGUGUGCGGAGGAGGAAGAGGAGGGGUUUGUUGAUGUAGAAGGUUACGAGGAACAGGAAGAGAACAUUCUGGACCGAUCAGGAAAAGACUCGAAUCCAAAAGCAGAACCAAAUGCACAGAACGAAAAUACGGAUAGACGGGUGAAGAAGACGGUGACUUUUGCGUUAAACUUAAUCUCCGUUCACGAGAUUCCACCUGACGACGAGGAGACUUCUGAAUCCACAUCCUGUAAAAACGACAUCACUUCCUCUCAGAAGCCCAAAGCGCUCAGUCUAGACCAGUACCGUCUCCUCAGACAGAAGAAGCCGCCUCUGGAGGACAAACGGAUGGACUUCCGAACCAAAUGGCCUUCGCUUCCCGAGCUUCCCAACAAGGAGCUUCCGCCAAUCCUGGAUCCAAACACAUGGACAUCUCCAUCCAAAGACGCCAGGAAGGCUGUAGGUCUUCUCAUUGACCCGCCAAACCCGGUUUUAGUGCCCUUGAAACCCACACGCCACACAAACUCAGAACCAGAUGCUUGUGUUUCUUGUGAAGAGGGUCGAGUCUCUGAGGUCAAACCCGAAACUUUAGAAAGGAGACCGAAGCAGACGAUGUGUGGAGAAAUCGGAAUUGAAGCCGCUGAUCUGACCAGCCUUUUGGAGCAGUUUGAGACUCGAGGACUAACUCCACCCGGCACACCUCCACAUCAGAUCUGGAGGCCCCUGGCGUCGGUCAAAGGGACAAAACAUGAAUCCAUCAAGCCGUCGCCCAGCAAAACCAUUCAGAUUAUCGAACCUCGCCCACUGCCACGCAGUAAAACUCAUUCAAAACCAUCACUUCCCACCUUCACUCCUGCGUUGAAUCCCGCUCGAGCGUUCCUGGACCACGACUACUGCGGGAUUGAGGGCGGAAAUACGUCUUUUGCACACACAGUGCUGCUGUCUCCUGACAGCUCCCCCUGCAGGAUGGAGGCGUUCGAGGAGGCGGAGUCUCUGAGGGGGCGGGGCUUGCACUUCUCCUCCCACUCUCCGAGCCUAUUGGACCGCGGACGGCUGAAGAGGCGGGGCUAUGAAUGCGGAUACUGGCGCUCAAACUCCAGCUCGUGUUCUUCAUCGUCUUCAUCAUCUUCUCGUUCCAGGUCUCCUUCACCACCCAGAACAAGCCCUAGGUGCAGGUCCAGGCAUUCUGGAAGCAGUUCCUCCUCACGCUCCAGUUCUCGGUCGCCUUCUCGUUCUCCUCCUCGCAAGCGUGGACGCCGCUGCUCCAGAUCGUUGCGUCGCUCUCGUUCGGGUUCGCGCUCGCCUGAGCCGGACUGGAGAUGGACGAGACGCAGACAGAAGGAGCUAAACCGCCGACACGAAGAGGCUCGUGAACAGCAGAAAGCCAUCGAGGAGCGGAGGGUGGUGUAUGUGGGAGGAAUCCGUGGAAGCAUGUCACCGUCGGAUCUCAAAGAUCGAUUCUCGCUGUUCGGGAAGGUGGAGGAUUGCGCGGUCCAUCUCAGGAGUCACGGAGACAACUACGGCUUCGUCACGUAUCACAGCACAGACGACGCUUACGCUGCUAUUGAGAGCGGCGGUAAACUGAGGCGCCCAGACGAGCUUCCCUUCGACAUCUGCUUUGGCGGCAGACGACAGUUUUGUAAAUCCAACUAUGCAGAUUUAGAUUCCAGCCGCGAUGUCGACCCAACAUCCAGGAGCCGAUGCGAGUCGUUCGACUUCGACACGCUACUGAAACAGGCUCAGAGAGGACUGAAGAGUUAGCAGCACAGAAGAUCAGAGAAUCAACAUUACCUCAGAGCACCGAUAACCAGAAACCCAUUUCAGCGGUGACCAGCUUAAAUGACCAACUCAGCUGUCGACAUUGGCCAUAUACAGUUUAAGCUGGUUCACACUGGUUUAAAGGAACA